UACUAUCCAUUACUCAGAUAAUCAGCGAUUGCAGAAGGAUGUCAGACGUGCAGUGGCUCCAAGAAGAGUUUCCUGAUAGAUGUGUCUGCGUUCGGGUGGAGGCUUCUGAGCAGACGAGAUCACAGAGGGGCUGGAGAUUCACCACAGGUGUAGACGACGCUGAGUCCGAGUGUGGUUUGGAUGAGGGUGUGAAGUUUGACUGGAUCAUCAGGAACGAUGGAGCUGAUGACGUUCUGGAGGAACAGCUGGAGGGGCUACUGGCAUUGAUCAAGGCACGGGAGGAGGACUCGAACACACAAAAUAGUAUUCAACUGGAUUAAUAAAAGCUGCUUUUUUGCCACCUGUAUCCUGCUCACUGGAGAGCUUGCAAACUCUUCUGCAUUUUAAUGAAUGGUUCUAGUCAUCAUUCCAAAAAGUGUCUUAUUUACUUUUUUAACA